UAUGCGUGAGCAAUAUCAGAAAAGUUCUCGUCGGUUAUCGUUUUUACGCACUGUUUGUAUACAGUUCGACAGAAAUCUAACUAAAACGUGUUUGUUUCAACUUUGUGAUCUUCAAUGGCCAUGUGGCGUGGAGUAUUGUGGUGCAAGUGAUCCGGAUUUAUUUUACAAAUAGUUUUUGUUUGAAAUAGUACCUAACUGUAAAUAAAUAAACAUUGCGAUAAUUAUGUGUUGUUGGUGUUGAACUGUCUUUUUGGACAAGAGUUUUAAACAUGAAUGACUUGCCCGAAGCGCUUAAUUUUGCGGGAAGACCCAUGCAUUCGGCACACAUUAUGUCCACAAAUUUGUUAUCAAACGUCCAGAAGAUAAAAUCAGAACCUGAUAUCGGAAGUUACCCACUGUCUUCUCUGACUUCGACAUUACCUCUUCACAAUCACGCAAUCGCCCCGACGUCGACUUUCAGCCCCAUAACCGGGGAGAAUGCAAAUGGUGCACCAUUCACCGGAAACGGAAAUAGCAAUACCUCUGUAGAAUCAAUCGAAGAACCCGUCAGAACGGCUAGUACCAGUUCGAGCCACUCGCCCCAGCCGUCUUCGUCGACAACUAGCACUUCCAAUACCACUAGCACUAGCCUAAGCAAACCUCCCUACUCAUAUGUAGCCUUAAUAGCGAUGGCCAUUCAGUCCUCUCACUUGAAACGAGCGACCCUCUCUGAGAUCUACGCUUACAUCACGGCGAAAUUUCCCUAUUUUGAGCGCAACAAAAAGGGGUGGCAGAACUCAAUCCGGCACAAUUUGAGCUUGAACGAGUGUUUCGUCAAGGUGCCACGCGAGGGGGGCGGGGAACGCAAAGGCAACUACUGGACUUUGGACCCUCAAUACGAGGACAUGUUCGAAAACGGGAAUUACAGGAGGAGGAGGAGGAUGAAGCGGCCGUAUCGGAGCGCCCAGCCGUACCCCAAAGCCUUCUUUGGGGACACUUUGGGCCAGCAUAGUCUACCCUUGGCGAGGAAUAUUUUCACACCUCCGACAUACCCACCUCCAUACUCCCGAUACGACACUGCGACGUGGCUGGGGCAUCAGUCGCAGUUGGCCUCCUACACCACCUGCAACAGUGGAGGAUACUCCCAGCAGGGAUAUCCAAGUCCUGCUUUUAGUCCUUGCGGUGUGAGACAAGAGGCCACGGCGAGAUAUCCUCCCUACUGGCCUCCCGAUAGUGAGUACCCCCCCGGCCCCCACAGUUCACCCCCUGCUGACCAACAGCUACUGUUACAGUGGUGACUACAGUGAAGGAGGAGCCAAGCAGCCCGACCUACCGGAAGUGCUUCUUUUGAGAUGACAUCGUGAUUCGACACCACAUUUCCAAGGUUUUUUCUUGUACUUUCUUUAUUGAAUUCAUUUUUGUUAUUAAUUGAUGUGGCUUGAAGCACUCAGAAUUCAUUAGUUUUGUUUAUUUAUAUUCCGUCCGUUUCAAGCAAUGGGAUCGUUGAUCCUUGUUUAUAUGUAUUUAUGUAUGUAAUUAAAUUAUGUAUGUUUAACAAUAAUUUUCUAUCUGUGAAUUAAAAUUUGUUUUCAUUGUUAAUUUUCUUUACAUUUUACUAAUGUAAUAGCGAAAAGGUUUUAAAUAAAAUUUUCUCAGUAA